AGGCUCUCCCUGAGAGGGCAGGACUCCACCUCUCAUUGGCAUGGCUCCAGCCCUGCCUUAGUUGCCUGGUAACAGCUUUGUGUGUCUGACUGAGGACAAACUAUGGCAGAUGGCAGUUCAGGGGCCAAGAGGAUAAUGGUAUACCAAAAUGGGGACCCACACUUCCCAGGCCGUCAGCUGGUGGUGACCCAACGCCGUUUCCCCACCAUGGAGGCCUUCCUUUAUGAGGUGACAUCAGCCGUGCAGGCCCCACUGGCUGUACGUGCCCUCUACACACCUUGUCAUGGCCACCCUGUCACCAACCUGACAGAACUGCAGAAUGGAGGGCAGUAUGUGGCUGCUGGCUUCGAAAGAUUUCGCAAGCUCCAUUAUUUACCCCCUGGAGGGAAGGAUCCAGGUGGGAAGAGCAGCAGACUACAAGAUCCUCUCAUGACUGGCCACCUGCGUGAUCAGGCCCUUGGACAGUGGCUGCCUGCAGGCAUCCCCUUCUAUGUCCAGGCGGCUCUUUAUCUCAGUGUUUUUAGGAAUGGGGAUCUGCUAAGUCCUCCAUUCAGUCUGAAGGUGUCCCAGGCUGCCAUCCAGGACUGGGAAACCAUGUUGAAGCUUGUGACUGACAAGGCCAAGUUGCAGAAUGGGGCUGUGCAUAAACUCUGCACCCUGGAGGGGCUCACACUGUCAACAGGGGAGGCUCUGGUGAAUGGCCAUUACUAUGUGGCUGUUGGAGAGGAAGAAUUCAAGGCCCUUCCCUAUCUGGAGCUGCUGGUGCCCAGUCCCUCCCUGCCCAGGGGCUGCUGGUAUCCUCCAGGCCUGAAGUGUAGACCCCCCAGGCAGAGGGCCCAGGGCCUCAAGACACAGGUCACUCAGCCCUUUCCAAAGGAACCAGCACGAACUAAGCCAUCUGCUUUCUAUGCCAGACCCCAGCAAGACAUCCAGCCUAUAAGCAAGCUCCCCACUCUCUUGUUUCCAUCAGGAGUUAAGGGAGUGUACAGGGCUCCUCACCCAAGGAGGGAGACAACAGGGGCCCAGGAAGUAGCGGAUGAUGAAGACACCUGGACAGAGCAGCCCUUGGACCAGAGGGCUACACAAAUGGAGGAGGCCCUGUCCUUGGAACACAGGCCUGAGGCUGGGACUGCAUCCUCAGCCUUAACCACUGCUCUACCAUCUUGAGAGCCAGAAGCGCCAAAGAGAAAUGGGAAACAGUUGGGUAGACACCUUAUUGUCCUCAGCCUCCAGCAGCCUAUUCCUGAGAAGCGAUGCCUCCCCUGUGCUCACAGGGAAUGUGGUUUCCUUAGCCCCUCCCCAUUCUUCUAAGCCUACAGCCCAGUCUCAGUCUCACCUUCCUCUUCAGCAGAGCAGCCCUACCUAUGGAGGCUAUUUUCUGUCCAGAGAAAGGGGUGGCUAGCCAGGCAUGGUGGCGCACACCUGAAAUCCUGGCUUGGGAGGCUGAAGCAGAAGGAUCAAAAGUUCAAAGCCAGCCUCAGCAAAACCAAGGCACUAAGCAACUCAGUGAGACCCUGUCUCUAAAUAAAAUACAAAAUAGGGCUGGGGCUGGGGCUCAGUGAUUGAGUGCCCUGAGUUCAAUCCCUGGUAACCCCCGCCAAAAAAAAGGGAAGGAGGAGCUGACUAAGCUUGGGAGGGAGGCCACAAAUGUAAGAGCAGGUUUGUCACAAUAAAAUAAUACUUAACUAACAUGUUUACCAUAGAU